AUGGCACGAAAAGUAUCGAAAAAGAAGGUUAAAACAGUUGCUCCGAAGUUGUCAUCGACUAAAAUGGCUUCCAAGAAAAGUGCUGUCAAAGGAAAUAGUAAUAGCAGUGGCAACAAUGCGCCAACUUCCAUCAAAAGCCCAAAGUCGUCUGCUGCAAAGAGAGUGGUAGAGAAGGAGGAACAGCCAACCACUGUUGCUGCUAACAACAGAGCAACCAGGUCAAGAGGUGCACAGUCCUCACGAACGAAUGCCAAAACAUCUGACAGCAGCCUUAUAGACAAGACAUUGACGAUUGAAAUUAAAAGAAUCAGUGAAAAACCAAUAGGGUCAAAGAGAACACCUUAUCGUAGCUUGAAAAUUGAGCUAGAACCUGUGCUUACAAAGAAAAGACAUGUCGUCAAUGAUGACCUUGAUGAUAAAAAGCAAACUACUAAAGCUAAAACUUUGAGAAAGAGAAAUGUAAAUCAUAAAAGUGAUGAGAUCACAUCUAGGAGAGUUAUGGACAGAGCUAGAAAACCUCAAAAGUAUUAUGAAGAUGAUGGAAAUGAAGAAGAUUUUGAUGAUGAAGAGGUUAUGGAUGAGAAGGAUGGAGCAUCAGGGGAUGAUAAUUCAGAUGAUGAUUACCAGGUUUCCAUCAGUAAUAAUUCAGCAAAACCAUCAAAAAAGAAACCAACCUCCAGGAAAGCAACUCCAAAAAAGAAAAAACAAAAAACAACAAAAACAACAAAAAAAUCAUUGAAAGCUGAUAACGUAGAUGAACCAACAGUUGAACGUUUGAAGUUCCUUGGAAAUGGAACCAGCAAUCAACAACAAACUGACAACAAACCUGGCUCUAACACAAAUAAUUCCAGCAGCUCAAGUGAAAGCUCUCUACUGAAUAGAUCUUACAUAUUCAAUGCUAACCUCCCUUCAAAAGAUGCUGUUGAGAAUGCUGGCAGUUUGCAAUCGAACAGUGCUGCAUCUGCCCACGAACAUGAGAACUCUUUCACCAUUGCAUCUUACAACAUACUGGCAGAUUGUCAUGCUCAGAGAGACUACAAAACUUCGACCUGGGUCACUGCAGAAGAGUUGUCAGUUAAUUCCAGGCACGAGAGAAUCAUGCAGGAAGUGAAGUUCAUCGAUGCAGAUGUUUACUGCUUUCAGGAGGUGGGGACUGAUUAUUUCAGGAAUGUGCUGAAGGACAGCAUGAAUAGAUUAGGAUACGACGGUGUGUAUGUGGCCAGGUUGUGGAAGGAGGCACCGUACGAAGAGGGAGAGGCCACUUUCUACAGGACCUCUGCUUUCCAUUUGCUACAGCAUAAAAAUAUCAUACUGGAGGAACUUGCCAAAAAGGAGAUAGACAGUUUAAACGUAAGUGAACCAGUGAAAGACUCCAUGAAACAGUCAGUUGAGUCCUACGCAGUAUCGCUGUUGACCCAAUUAAAAAGUGUGUCAGGUCAGUUCCUGGUUACUGUUGCCAAUGUCCAUAUAUGCUAUGAUGAAUUCAAGAGGCAAGAUAAACAGUGUUUGCAAGUAGCGAUGACAGUUAAAGAACUUCAAAAACUGGCAAACGACGUUCAGAAUCAGAAGGACGGCAGCAGUAGUAGCAGCAACGACAACAACGACAUCAUCAACACCCCAUCUUCUCAGAUCAUAUGUGGUGAUUUCAAUUCUUGGCCUACAUCGGCUCCACAGCGCCUAAUGGGAGAUGGGCAUUUGGAUGAGAGUUCGUGCAAGGCAAUGAUGGCCAUAGAAACCAUCAAGAUGGAGGAUGGGAAGGUGACCUCUUUGUUCAGCCAAUGGAAUGAUGCAUUCCAUUUUGACCCUUCCCACAGCUAUCAGAGUGCAUAUCAAGUUGUCACGGGUUCCGACCCGCACACGAGUCGAUUCAACAUGGACGGUGAGGUCAGACAGGUCGAUUUUAUAUACUUCUCAUCUGACACGCUCAUCCCUAGAAAAGUGCUGGCCGUUCCUGAAAAGUCGGACCUUCAGAACGGCGUCCCCAACGCUAUCUAUCCAUCUGAUCACAUUUCUGUCGUGGCCGAGUUCACUGUCAGCAAAUGAACAGCAACAGCUGGUUUCUGAUUGGUUGUUUAUAGGGUUGGAACAGUUGAUUUAUUAUAGACGAUGUAUCUACGUGAUUAGUCGAUAUGAUUUUAAACUUAGUUCUUAUAACUUUUUUGAUUGGUCGGCGCUAUUUGACCGACAAUGAAUUAAUAAUUAACUCCAGAUAGAUGACUGGCUUGUUGACUGAUAGCAAAACUUUUAAAAAUCGUUUCCAUAAAUUGAUUAAAUUUGAAAAGGUUUCACGUUAACGUUGUCUCCUUCAUUUAUCGUCAGCUAACAUAAAUAAAUAUCCCUGGUUGCUAUUUUUAUUGACCACGUGAAAUAUAAUGAGUUAGCGUAAGAAGUUGAUUAUUUAUUAUCAAUUGCAAUUUACUUUGAAAACCUUUAAUUUUUCAUUUAAAUUAGUUGGAAGAAUCAGCUCACAGUGUUUGGGUAUAUAUAAUAUAUAUAUAUAUAUAUAUAUAUAUAUAUGUAUAUAUGUGUUUAUUACGCAUGUGUGCGUUUACGUGUGUAACUUUACAUCUGUGUGUCGUAAAUGAUGUCACUUGUAUGUAUUGUUGUCGCUGAAGUACUAUUAUUGUUACUGUCGUUAGUAGCGUUGUUACGACGUUAAUUUUUACACUUGUUAAUGUUUCUAUUUUAUUUACUGUUAAUAUAAAGAUGUCAUUGCCACAAAAUUGUUAAUUUUUUGUUAUCGUCGCUAUGGUUUUUUCAUCCUUAAAAAAAUUCUAAAUCUGGCAGACGCUGUUUGUUGCAUUACAACAUGAAAGACAAUAUUACAAAAUUUGACGUUUUUUCUCUUUUAUAGCUCUUGUCGUGACAAAUUUAAGCAAUGGUUGUUUUAACCUUUUAUUUAAAUGAUUUUUUUCGUUAUUUACCGCUAAAUAUUAUUAUUAUUAUUAAUAUCAUUUAUGUUAUUUAUCUGCUGUUGAACAUCUCAUGUUUUCCACAGGAAAAAAGCCCACUCAUAUACUAAUUAAUAUUUUGAUUAAAUUGAUUCAUAAAUUUUCUAAAUUAUCAGUAAUAUUAUAUAAUUAUUUUCGUUAAUUAGUAUUUCUUUGAUAUAUAUAUAUAUAUAUUAUAGUAAGUAGAAUUGAAAAGAAACUUUAAAUUGAUUAGUGCCAACAAUUCGGUAGAAUUCAUACAAUACUGUGUGUGUAUACAUAAACACACACACACACAUAAAUAUAUAUAUAUUAUAUAUAUAUAUAUAUAUAUAUAUAUUUAUAACUAGUUUUAUUCUAUCUGUUGUCGGCCAUUGUUUGUUUAAAAUUUUGUCUCAUCCAGAUAAAAAUAAAUAUAUCGAAAACGGCAACAAUUAUAAUAAAAAAAUAAUAUUAAUCUGAAUAUCAAUAAUAAUAAUAAUUAUGAUAAUAAAAAAUAUCAAUAAUAAUAAUUAUGAUAAUAAAAAAUAUCAAUAAUAAUAAUUAUGAUAAUAAUAGAAAAACAUUGUAACGUUACAGUAGUAAACUGAAAUAACACGACUUGCUGCAAUGCAAUUAAUGUUGGUGGGUAUAAAGUUAGCGCUACUAACCAAAGGAAUGACGCGCGCACACACACAUAAAAUGAUAACAUGGGUGAGCGAGCAUUAUGUAAAUUUAUUUUUCGAGUUUAUCAUUAUUUAUAUUUGAAUGACAAUUUGAAAUAUCUAGCUUUAUAUAUAAAUAUAUAUAUAUAUGUUUGCGAGUAUGUGUUUAUUUGUACGUGUGUGUGUAUGUUUGUUUAUUACAAUAUACAGUUAUCAAUGAUUCAUUACUUCAACAUAAGUGGGAAUAGUAAUAUUAACAAGGUGAAAAAUAACAAAACCGAAUGAAAAUAAUAACAAAUAUAAUUAUUUAUAAAUAAUAAGUAGAUAAUUAACCAAGGAUAAACUGAUCCGAAAUUCCCAUCCCCACAAACAAGCAAUAUAGAACAUAUGCAUAUAUAUAUAUAUACAUCUAUAUAUGGGUGAAAAUAGCUGAUCUGUCAUCUGAUAUAUCGGCCAGUACGGGUAUAUAAAGUACACCAUCUCCCAUCAACGACCAAAGGUGCAUUUUUGUGAACACCCAACUCGUUUUAGGCUAGACGCAGAUCAACUAUUAUCACCCAUAUUCUUACACAUUUUUCAAUAUACAUACAUACAUAUAUAUAUAUAUAUAUAUAUACACACACACGCAAAAUAAUAACAAAAAUGUCAGUGAUAUCAACAGUAAUGACAUCAAUAAAAUAAUUACAUUAACAACGGAAUAAAUCGAUAUCAAGAUGUCUUCAGAGCUCGAAGAACAAUUCAAAGUAAAGAAAAACUAAUCAUAAUAACUAGAUACAGCUUCAAUGCAUAAAUCUACACCAUGAAAUUAACAUAAAUAAACAUAAAUUAAUAUGUAUGGUGUCAGCACACAUACACAUGCAUGUUACCAACUUAAUCAAUCAGAGUUAGAAGCAAAAUUUUUCAACUAAUUUUUG